UGCAUCUGUGUUGGGGUCAGGAUUCCCUAGAAGUUUGGGCUGACCUGAGUUAGAAGUUGGGAAGAAAAAAAGAGUACACUCUGAGUGUUCUUCCCUCCCAACUGAGUCUUCCACCACCUGCAAGAAAGGUGGGAACCACUAUGACCCUGGUCUCUGGGAAGGCAGCAGAGAGGUGUUGAGAUUCGUCAGUCUCAUUGCCAGCAAGUAACAGUGAGCCCUGGGCCUCAAUACCCAGCCCUGCACACAUGGCCUCUGGGAGUGGGCCUGGGAGAGAGGUGGGAAAGCUGAAAUCAAGUGAGUGCCCCUCCCAGUUCCCAGAGGACAGCUUCCAUGCUGGGAGCAAGUCUACUCUAUGUCAGACUCUGGUCCAAGCCCUUUGACCUUCAACAAUUCUGAGUUCACAGACAGGCUAAUUGUCCAAGGUCACUCAAGCAGUAAAUGGGGGCAGCUAGGAUUUGAAUCCACAAAAUGUGGCCACGGCUACAGCCCAGAGAGGGGUGGCGAAUAGCCCAGGGUAACACAGCCACAGCCCCAGAGCUGGGAGCUGCUCAGGCUCCCUUCCAGGGCUGAGGAAAAGCAAGGACACCUGACUCUGAGCCAACUUGGGGGCGGAGCAGAGGUGGAGCUAGGGAAACCCAGGUGGCCUCUCUGAAACCCAGAGCUUAGGCAGCAGAGUGGCCUGGAGCAGCAUGAAGCAGAGCUGGGGACCCGGGCUGCUCAUCCUGGGAGCAGUGGUCCUCAUGAAGGGUCUUCGAGCAGCUCAGCAUGUGUGUGGGCAGCGUGGCCCUGGCCCCCCUGAGCCUCAGGAGGGCAUCACGGUACCUGGCGAGUGGCCGUGGCAAGUGAGUGUGAGGAGGCGGGGAGUCCACAUCUGCAGCGGAUCCCUGGUGGCGGACACCUGGGUCCUCACUGCUGCUCACUGCUUUGAAAAGGCAGCAGUGACAGAACUGAACUCCUGGUCGGUUGUCCUGGGUUCUCUGCAAUGUGAGGGGCUGAGCCCAGGGGCUGAGGAGGUAGGAGUGACGACUCUGCAGCUGCCACGGGCCUAUAGCCACUACAGCCAGGGCUCAGACCUGGCCCUGCUACAACUUGCCCACCCCAUGGCCCACACACCCCUCUGCUUGCCCCAACCUACCCAUCGCUUUCCUUUUGGGACCUCCUGCUGGGCCACUGGCUGGGAUCAGGACACCAAUGGUGCUCCCAGGACUCUGCGAAAUCUGCGCCUGCGUCUAAUCAGCCGCCCCACAUGUAACUGUCUCUACAACCGGCUGCACCAGCGUCUGCUGGCCAGCCCAGCUCGGCCUGGGAUGCUGUGUGGGGGCGCCCAGCCUGGGGUGCAGGGGCCUUGUCAGGGAGAUUCCGGGGGCCCCGUGCUGUGCCGCGAGCCUGAUGGAUACUGGGUCCAGGCUGGGAUCAUCAGCUUUGCAUCAAGCUGUGCCCAAGAAGACACUCCCGUGCUGCUGACCAACACAGCUGCUUACAGCUCCUGGCUGCAGGCUCAGGCUCAGGGGGCAGUCUUCCUGUCCCAGAACCCAGAGACCCCAGAGAUGAGUGAUGAGGACAGCUGUGUAGCCUGUGGAUCCUUGAGGAGAGAAGGUCCCCAGGCAGGAGUCCCCUCCCCAUGGCCCUGGGAUGCCAGGCUGAAGCACCAGGGGGAGCUGGCCUGUGGUGGAGCCCUGGUGUCAGAGGAGGUAGUGCUGACUGCUGCCCACUGCUUCAUUGGGCGCCAGACCCCAGAGGAAUGGACCAUAGCACUGGGGACUGGAGCAGAGGAGCGAGGCCUGAAGCAACUCAUCCUGCAUGGGGCUUAUACCCACCCAGAGGGGGGCUACGAUGUGGCCUUCCUGUUGCUGGCCCAACCUGUGACACUAGGCCCCAGCCUUCGGCCCCUCUGCCUGCCCUAUUCUGACCACCAUCUGCCUGACGGGGAACGUGGCUGGGUCCUGGGGCUGCCCCGCCAAGGAGCAGGCAUCAGCUCCCCUCAGACUGUGCCUGUGACCCUCCUGGGACCCAGGGCCUGCAGCCGGCUGCAUACAACUCCUGGGAGCGACAACAUCCCCAUUCUGCCAGGGAUGGUGUGUACCAGUGUUGUGGGUGAGCCACCCCACUGUGAGGGUCUCUCUGGGACACCACUGGUGCAUGAGGUGAGGGGCACAUGGUUCCUGGCUGGGCUACACAGCUUUGGAGAUGCCUGCCAAGGCCCGGCAAGGCCCGCAGUCUUCAUGGCACUCCCCGCCUAUGAGAGCUGGGUCAGCAGUUUGGACUGGCAGGUCUAUUUUGCUGAGGAGCCGGAGCCUGAGACUGAGCCUGGAAGCUGCUUGGCCAACAUGAGGAGGGAGGAAAGUUCUGAGGAUGAGGCCAACCCCGCCCUCCUUCCUCUUCCUGACAGGCAAACCAACUGGCUGUUAACAGGUGGCUCUGGGAUACUGCAGACACAGUGAGACAAUCCGUGCGUCACUGCCCUUGUCCCUCUCCCACUUCCCCAACCCACAUGUGACGCCAGGCACGGGGCAGGCCCAACAGCCCAGGGGGCUCUGGGAAGAAGCCUGCCCAGACCAGCUGCUGCCCUCACUCCCUACCCUGCAGGACAGGGAGGUGUCACCUAUGGAUGCUCCCCUACACCCAGCUCUGCUGUCCGACGCAGGCGUCCCCAGCCUUCCCUAGUCUUCACCCCCUCAGAUACGAUCACACCAGCCACUUACUUUGAAAAUUCAUUUUUUGGGGGUUGGGGGAGCAAUUUUCCUUUUUUUUAAAACUUAAAUAAAUUGUUACAAAAUAGA